ACCAAGGAGAAAGCCACCUCUACAGGAAUAGAAGGAAUCCCUGGAGAUCUUCCUUCCUCUUUCUGUACACAAACUCUGAAUUCCGCAAAUUUUAUUUUCCUUAUUUAUUCCUCUUAAUUUAAUAACUCAAUUUUUUUUCCUUAAGGAAAUGGAAGAAUCAUUAUGGGUUCUACUACUACUUCUACCGGUGUAUUGAAAAGACAGUAUUGGUUAAGAUUAAUUGUGGAAUUUAUUAUAUGUCCUCUUGUUCUUUCUGGUUUCCCUCGCCGUUUCUCUGCUAUUCUGCUCUCACAAUCUCUCCCACAACAACAUUCAGAAAAAGGGUUUUGUGAUAUGUGAAUAUGGAGAAGAAGGUGGAUUCUAAUUUUCCUGCAGAAGUUCUUGAGGACUAUUUUAGGAGGGAAGAGUUCGAAACAAGUUCUUCGAAAGAUCGCUCCGAAAAUAAAUCAAAACAUGCGUCUAGAUGGCGUGGUUUCAUGCAAUUAUUAAAAAAUGGAUCAAAGAAAUCUAUUGCAGCUUUACAACCUCUCAGUGUCCUCAAGCUCUCAUCAAUUGGAAGGAGCAGUAGUAUGAGAGAAAAUGUUGUGCUGGCACCUGAUCUUCUUGUCCACACCGGAUUGUGUAACUCGAAGUCCGGCAAUAGAAAUUUCAGUCUAUCAGAGCUUCAAGCUGCAACCAACAAUUUCAACCCAGAGAACAUGAUUGGGAAGGGAGGUUAUGCUGAGGUUUACAGGGGUUGUCUUCAAAAUGGGCAAUUUGUAGCGAUUAAACGGCUAACCAAAGGUACACAGGACGAGAUGAUCGGCGACUUUUUGUCGGAGCUUGGGGUUAUGGCACAUGUGAACCAUCCUAAUACAGCCAAGUUAAUUGGUUAUGGCAUUGAAGGAGGAAUGCAUUUAGUCCUUGAAUUGUCUGCGCAUGGAAGCUUAGCUUCGUUGUUAUAUGGGUCAAAGGAGAAGCUAAAAUGGCAUAUUAGGUAUAAGAUUGCUUUAGGGACAGCAGAGGGUUUAUUAUAUCUUCAUGAGGGUUGUCAGAGAAGGAUUAUCCACAGAGACAUCAAGGCUGCCAAUGUUUUGCUUACGGAGGAUUUUGAGCCUCAGAUUUGUGAUUUUGGACUUGCAAAAUGGCUACCGGAACAUUGGACUCACCAUUAUGUUGCCAAAUUUGAAGGCACAUUCGGUUAUCUUGCUCCUGAGUUCUUAAUGCAUGGAAUAGUAGAUGAAAAGACCGACGUCUUCGCGUUUGGGGUGCUGCUCUUGGAACUAGCCACCGGUCGCCGAGCUCUAGACUAUUCACAACAAAGCCUUGUCCUGUGGGCAAAACCUUUACUGAAGAAGAACAAUAUCAGAGACCUAAUCGAUCCCUCUCUAGCCGGUAACGGUGGUUACAAUGCUGGGCAGAUGUGUAUUAUGCUCUUAGUUGCUUCUUUAUGCAUACAGCAGUCUCCCAUUCGACGGCCUCAAAUGAGUCAGGUUGUGCAGCUCUUGAAUGGAAACUUAAGCUACUUGAAAUAUACAAAGACAUCCAAAGUGUCAUUUCUCUGCAAAGCUUUCCGCGAAGAACUCUCAAGUGCAGAAAUACUCAAGAAGUCGAUGAUGAUCACUUGAUUAAGCAUUUCGAUACUGAAAAUCAGGAGUCAUUUCUACAACCUUAUUGAACUGCCUCAUAGAUAGAGUGAUAGCACACAAAUACAUGUAUAGUAGUACUAUCAAAGAGUAUAUUUUUUUUAAAAAAUGAUAGAAUGUUUUAUUGUAGGUAUAGAGUUGGAAAAGUUACAAAAGUAGUGUUGAGGACGAAAGAAAUUGUGGAACAAAGUUGAAGGAAGGCAUAGCAUUCGAUUUGGACUGUUUUAGAGCUUUUGAGUCAAAAAAAUAUUGUAGGCUACUUAUUGAUAUUCUUGAAGUUGAAACCAAAUUUUGGAAUUUUUAAGGUAAAA